AUGAAUCCUACUUCACUCUGUUCCUGUCUAUCUAUCAUCUAUCUAUCUAUCUAUCUAUCUAUCUAUCUAUCUAUCUAUCUAUCUUUGCCCUGUUCAUAUCUAUCUAUCUAUCUAUCUAUCUAUCUAUCUACACCCUUAUAUAGAAAAAGACAUAUAAAUUAUUAUUAUUAUUAUUAUUAUUAUUUCUCUUCUUCUUCUUCUUCUUCUUCUUCUUCGUUCUCUUCUUCUUUUUCCCCUUCUUCUUCUUCUUCUUCUUCUUCUUCUUCUUCUUCUUCUUCCGCUUUCUCUUCUUUUAUUCUUGUUCUUCCUCUUCUUCUUCUUAUUAUUAUUAUUCUUGUUCUUUUUCCUAUUCUUCUUCUUCUUCUUCUUCUUCCUAUUCUUCUUCUUGUUGAUCUUCUUCCUCUUCUUGCACUUCUUCCUUUUCCUCUUUUAUUCUUCUUCUUGUUCUUCCUCUUCUUCUUGCUCUUCUUCCUUGUCCUCUUCUUUCUCUUCUUCUUCUUGCUCGUCUUCCUCCUCUUCUUCCUCUUCAUCCUUCUUCUUCUUCUUCUUUUUCCUCUUUUUCCUCUUCUUCCACUUCUUCUUGUUCUUCUUCCUCCUCCACUUUUUCUUCUUGCUCUUGUUCUUUUUCCUCUUCUCCUUCCUCUUUUUCUUGUUCUUCUUCCUCUUCCAAUUCUUGUACUUAUUGUUCUUUUUUCUUCUUCUUCUUGUGUGCUCUUCUUUUUUAUUUUUCCUUCCUAUUCUUUUAAUAUUACAACAUUAUUGCAGCUCUCGCCAUUUCCUUUUAUGUACUCAUUUUUUCUUUUUUUUCUUUCUUUUUAUGACUUUGUUCGUUUGUUUCUUUACGUUUUCUUUCUCCGGUUGUGUAUUUUUCUUUUCUUUCUUUCAUUGUUAUUUUGUGCUAACACGUCAUUCGUUCGUUUUAUCAUUCCUAUUUUUCUUUCUUAUUAUUUUCUUUCUUUCUUUCUUUCUUUCUUUCUUUCAGUCUUCUUUUUUAUUUUUUCCUUCUUACUCUUUCAAUAUUUCAACAUUGUAGCUCACGCCAUUUUCUUUUUUGUACUCAUUUGUUCUUUCCUUUUUCUUUCUUCUGUCGUGUAUUUUUCUUUUCUUUCUUUUAUUGUUAUUUUGUGCUAUCACAAUAUUCGUUCGUUUUAUCUUUCCUUUCUCUUUCUUAUGAUUUUCUUUCUUUCUUUCUUUCUUUCUUUCUUUCUUUCUUUCUUUCUUUCAGUCUUCUUUUUUCUUUCCCACUCUUUUAAUAUUUCAACAUUAUUGCAGCUCUCCGCACUUUUUUUUGUACUUAUUUUUUCUUUCAUUCUUUCCUUCUUUCUUUCUUUCUUUCUUUCUUUCUUUCUUUCUUUCUUUCUUUCUUUCUUUUCCUCUGUUCGUUUGUUUCUUUCCUUUUUCUUUCUUCUGUCUUUCUUUCCGUUUUCUUUCUUUCUUUCUUUCUUUGUUUGUUUCUUUCUUUCUUUCGCAUUUCUUCCUUUGCCUCUCUUCGUUUGUUUCUUCCUCUUUUUCUUUCUUCAAGCUUAUAUUUUUCUUUUCUUUCUUUUUCUUUGUGUGUGUGUUUCUUUCCUUCUAUCCUUCUUUCUUACUUAUUUCUUUUUUUCUCAUCAAUCGCUUGUUUGUUUCUUUCGUUUUCUUUUACACAGUUCUAUUUUUCUUUUUACUUAUUUUUUUAAAAUUUUUAUUCUUUUAAUAUUUCAAACUUUUUCGGUUCAUUCGUCUUUCUUUUAUGUAUUCAUUUGUUCUUUUUUUCCUUGCCUCUUUUCUUUUGUUUCUUUCAUUUUUCUUCAACCAUAUAUUUUUCUCUAUCUCUCAAUCCUUCUUUUAUGUACUCAUUUGUCCUUUCAUUCUUUCUUUCUUUUUCAUUUCAGUAUUCAUUUUUAUGUUUUCCAUUCCUCCUCUUUUAAUUUUUCAAACUUCUUCAGCACUCACCUCUUUUUUCCGUCUACUCAUUUGUUCAUUCUUUCUUUUUUUCUUUCUUUCUUUCUUUUCAUUCAAUCGUUUGUUUCUUUCUUUCUUUUUACUCAUGAACUCGCAGUCCUUCUUUCAUGUACUCAUUCUUUCUUUCUUUCUUUCUUUCUUUUUUUCUUUCUUUCUUUCUUUCUUAAUUUCUUAUCAUUCAUUCGUUUGUUUCUUUCCUUUUUAUUUCUUAUACUCUUCUUUCUUCCCUUCUUUCUUUUAGCCUUUUUUAUUUUGCCUUCUUACUAUUUUAAUAUUUCAACAUUUUUUUCAAAUCGCACUCCUUUCUUUUAUGCACUCAUUUAUUCUUUCUUUCUUUCUUUCUUUUUUUUCUUUCUUUCUUUCUUUCUUUCUUUUCAUUCAAUCGUUUGUUUCUUUCUUUCCUCAUAUUAUUUCUUUGUUUCUUUGUUUCUUUCUCUCUUUCUUUCUUUCUUUCUUUCUUUUUUCUUUCUUGUCAUUCAUUCGUUUGUUUCUUUCCUUUUUAUUUCUUAUACUCUUCUCUCUUCCUUUCUUUCUUUUAACCUUUUAUGUAGUCAUAUUAUUUCUUUCUUUCUUUCUUUCUUUCUUUCUUUCUUUCUUUCGUUUUUCUUUCUUGUCAUUCAUUCGUUUCUUUCUUUCUUUUUAUUUUUAUACUUUUCUUUCUUCCAUUUACUCGCAUGCCUUUCUUUUAUGCAUUCAUUUAUUCUUUCUUUCUUUCCUUCUUUCUUUCUUUCUUUUCAUUCAAUCGUUUUUUUCUUUCUUUCCUUUUCUCAUGACGUUCUUUCUUUAAUAGUGCACUAUUCAUUUAUUCUUUCUUUCUUCCUUUCUUUCUUUCUUUCGUUCUUUCUUUCUCUCUUUCUUUCUCUCUUUCUUUCUUUCUUUCUUUCUUUCUUUCUUUCUUUCUUUCUUUCUUUCACUCUUCUUUUUAUUUUGUUAAAGACUUUCCCUGUCCCUCUCCUUUCUUUUUCAUGCACCUUUGUUCCUUCCUUAAAUUGUCAACUUUCUUUUUUACUUUUCGGUGUCUAUUAUGUUUCCGUUUGUUAA